CAGUUUUCUGUCGCCUGCUGCUCACUAAAGGGAUAUUUCAUAAAGAAGAGGUGCACUGAUGAUGUGGAUGUCUGCUCUGCUUCUGGUGCUGCUGGCAGCAGCUUCACAAACGCUGGCGAAGCCCAAAAACCGCUUCACUCGUUACCCGUCAUGGAACACGAAGAUGUACCCGAUCUGGAAAGAUGGAGACCCGCGAUACAAAGACUCCUGGAAGGGUGGAAAAGUGACGUUUAAUGUCGGAAAUGAUUCUCCAACUCUGACUGGAGCCAGAGUUACCUUCACCAUUGACUUGCAGUUUCCCCAUAACCAAAAGGUGCAGUCUGAUGGAGAGGUGGUUUGGGCUGAAGACUGCAUAAUCAACGGAACAAAGUAUCUUGAGUCUGAGCCAGUAUACCCAACACAGAACACAGACUGGGAGGCUGUGUUCCCUGAUGGGACACCAGUAAACAACGACAAGAAGCCCAGCUAUGUGUUUGUGUGGAAGACCUGGGGCCAGUACUGGCAGGUGGCAGACGGCCCCUCCUCCUCCCUGACUAUCGGCACAGAUGACAUCCCUCUGGGCUCCUACACCAUGGACAUCGUUAUCUACCACUUCCGCAGCAAGGAGAAGUUCAUUCCUCUGGGAUAUGCCUCCACACAGUUCUCCAUCACUGAUCAAAUCCCCUUCGCUGUCUCUUUGGACCAAGUCAAUGACAUACAGGCGGCCGACAUGCGCUUCAUCCAGAACAGGGCGAUCGCCUUCACCAUCACUCUCCACGACCCCAGCGAGUACCUCAGCAAUGCAGACAUCACCUUCAACUGGGACUUUGGGGAUGCAAGUGGGGCCCUCAUUUCCAGGGAGCCUACUGUCACUCACACCUACAUCAGCUCGGGCUCAUUCAAACCUAAAGUGGUGAUCCAGGCGGUCAUCCCGGACAAGGCCUGCGACCCACCAGUGCAUACCCCAACCAAGACCCCUGGUCCACCUAAUCAUCAUGCCACCACAGUGAAAGCCGCUGUACUGGCGUCUGCCGCCCCCGUACUGGUUUCCACCAAGUCAGUUGGUUUGAAUGUCAACGCGGCUCCUUUGGACACAGAAGAGGACAACACCGAAUAUGAGGCCUCCACCACCUCCAACACUCAGCCGGCCCAGGAAACGCCAACUGUGGCAAAGACUCCAUCUCCCAUCAACCAGCUGCCAGCUCACAGUGAGGAAAGGAACAGGCUGACAGCAGAUUCAAAGCGAACAGUGAUGCUCACAGGACAAGCUCCGGUCGUCGUGGUGGCAAAGAGGGAUAAAUCCUCUAAUGAUGACUGUGUGAUAUAUCGAUAUGGAUCCUUCUGCACUGGCAUUGAAAUAGUUGAGGGAAUUGAAAAGGUAGAGAUUGUACACAUGGACAAUACAUUGAUGGCAACACCCAGGAUGGAGAACAAUGUUCUGGAUAUUACCGUGACCUGCCAGGGAAGCCUUCCCAAAGAGGUCUGCAGUGUGCUUCUGGAUUCGGAGUGCUUGAGGCCAAUUCAUUCAGUGUGCAACAUGGUGGAGCCAUCCGAAGAGUGCCAGCUGGUGCUCCGUCACUUCCUCAAUGACUCUGGCGUCUACUGCAUUAAUGUUUCCUUGGCCAAUGAUGUCAGUUUAGCUGUCACAAGCGCCAAAGUCCAUGUUGACAUGGGCUCUGGUUUGUCCUCUUCUGAAACGAUCGCCAUGCUGCUGGGUGUCCUGGUAUUUGUUCUAGCCAUUGGAAUAGUGGCAUAUUCUUACAAGCGCUUUACAUCCUACCGUCCUCUGAAGGAAGACGUCACUGCGUCUGGAGGCCCAAAGCUCGGCGGGGCUCAAAGCGCCUCUGGACCUUCAGCUUUCUGGAGCAUCCUGCACCGACGAGGAGUCAUCGACAACCGCCCCCUGCUGCAGGACAGGCCGGUGUGAAUCAUCACAACCUCGCACAGCCAAACACAAGAGGUUAUGCUUGUCGCAGGCACCUGGGAUGUCUUUUUAUACUUCUUUUUUUAAACAUUUGUUGAAUUACAGACAUCACCGAUGUCUCAUAUUUUGGAUUAAAUCAAAAAUAUUUCCUGGAAUUAUACCUUAGACAUGCUCUGAUUUUUUUUUGUACCUACUUGAAGCAAGUGUGGUAGACAUCAGUGCUGAAAUCUGGACAAAAUUUGAAUGUUUUUCCAA